AUGUAGAAAAAUAUUUGUCAUCACCGUUCUCCAAAUAAUAAUAAAUAAUGUUUAAAUUUCAAAGAUAUUACACAACUGUCAAAACUCUUUCUGAAAAUACAAUAUAUGCGUUAUGCUCAGGACAAGGAAAAUGUGGAGUUGCUGUAAUUAGAAUAUCAGGAAAAGAUGCCUCCUUAGCCAUAAAAAAACUAACUAAGUACAACGUGAGUUUACCACCACCACGUUACGCUAAUUUAACGGCAAUUUGUCAUCCUAAAACUAACGAUGUUAUUGAUAAAGGAUUAUUGUUUUGGUUUCCAUCGCCAAAUAGCUUUACUGGUGAAGAUGUUUGUGAAUUUCAAGUGCAUGGUGGAACCGCUAUAGUUUCAAGUAUCUUACAAGCUUUGGAAACUUUACCAAAUUUUCGAUUAGCUCGUCCUGGGGAAUACACGAAACGUGCUUUUUUUAAUAAAAAAAUGGAUCUAGUCGAAGCUGAAGGUUUGGCGGAUUUAAUAAAUGCUGAAACUGAGUUGCAACGAAAGCAAGCUUUCUUACAAAGUCAGGGUGUUUUAAGUAAGGUUUAUAAAAAAUGGAAGGAUGACAUAUUUAAUAGUUUAAUGAAUUUCGAGAGUUUAUUUAAUUUUGAAAAUAUUGAAGAAUACGAAAGUGAAAAAAUAUUAAAUGAAAUUUUUAUUAAAAUUGAGGUGAUCCGAAACGAUGUUGUAAAGCACCUUAAUGAUGGUACUAGAGGGGAAACGUUACGAUCUGGCGUUCAAACGGUUAUUUUAGGUGAACCAAAUGUUGGGAAAAGUAGUUUAUAUAAUUUUUUAUGUAAAAGAAACGCAGCUAUUGUUACUCCUUAUCCAGGAACGACUCGAGAUACACUUGAAAUGAACUUAGAUAUUUUAGGAUAUCCGGUUAUUUUAUUUGAUACAUGUGGAUUACGCUAUGAAGAUGUUGAUCCAAUUGAAGCUGAAGGUGUUAAAAUUGCUUUAAGCGCCAUAGAAAAAGCUCAAUUAUUAAUUUUAAUUGUUGAUGUUGAAAAAUUUACAAUUUGGAAGAAACUGAAUAAUAAUGAAGUACUUUUUGAUUUUAUUAAAGAACACGUUGUUGAUAAUUUAAAGGUUCCUCAUAUCAUUAAUGAAAUGGAUUUGAAAGAAAAAAAAUUAGAGAACUUAUUUAAUAAAAAAUGUAUUAUUUUAUUGAACAAAGUUGAUAAAAUUAAUGAUACAAUUGAAAAUGAGGCGUUAUGUGUUUCCGUCAAAACGCAAAAAGGACUAAAUAAAUUUAUUACUAAAAUGGGGGCACACUUGAAGGACAUUUGUGCUGAACCAACAAAAGAAAAUCCAGCAAUAACAAAACUACGAUACCGUUUGUUAUUAGAAAAAUCAGAAAAACAUUUCAAUUCAUUUUUAGAUACUAUCAAAGAAGCUCGCGAUUCACAGAAAUUAAACGAUUUAGAUUAUGGACUUUUAGGAAAUGAUUUAAGAUACUCUUUGCGAUAUAUCACCGAAAUUAUCGAAGGUCGUAAAGAUAACAGUCCCGUCGUUGAUGUUUUAGAUGAAAUAUUUCAUAAUUUUUGUAUUGGAAAAUAAAAUUAAUUAAUUAUUUUUAAAA